AUGGUGUAUAUAAAGUAUUAAUAGUUAUUAAACGAGAUUGCUGAUUUUGGAUUAGCCAGACUUUAUCAAACAAACGAUGAGCUCACUAAAUCUGGUACUCCAAAGUAUGCUUCACCUCAAAUAUUUGAAGAAGAUUCCAAUUUUACAAAUUCUGCAGACAUCUACUCUGUAAAUUGAAAAAAUAUUACAAGCUUGGAAUAGUUUGCUAUGGACUUAUAUUUGGAGGCCUGCCAUACUAAGUAAACAAUUUACAGUAAUUGAUAAUGAAGUUGAGAUAAUUAGAAUCAAACCCAAUAAAAGUUAAUCGAUCCGCAGCUGGAGUAAAUACAAUUUUAUUCUAUAGAUGACUGAAGAAAUUGCAAAUUUGAUAGAAAAUAUGUUAAAGUAUAAUGAAAAUAAAAGAAUCAGUUGGAAUGGAUUAUUUUCUCAUCCCUUAUUAAAUGAUUAACCAACCUCUUUAGAUCUUCCUAUCCCUCAAAUAGCUAAAAUUCCUCCAAUACCUCAAAUGAGUCAAACCCCUUAAUUCUAAAUCAAGGCUCCAUUGUUUAUAUAAAGUGCUAAUCCACAAAAAAUUGGAUCAAAAACUCACAGAACCUCCCUCUCUUCCCUGCUUUUAGUAGGCCCUGGAAAUAUCAGAUCAACUUUUUUUAAUUGCAGUCCUUAUGAAUUAUGUUUGUAUUCUCUUGAUAAGCAUUUGUAUAUUCUUAUUUCUAUUUAGGAAUCAAUAAAGAUAAAUACAUGCAGAUGUAAUUAAAAUAAAGUAACAGUUAUUCUACCUUUCAUCUUGCUUUUAUUAGCAUAGCAAAGCAAUGAAACUUAAAUUCUAACCUUCAUCUAACAACAAUCAUGCUUUAGCAGAUGUUGAAAGAGCUAUAAUAUAGCUUGAAACAAUAAAACAGUUACUUGUAGAUCAAAUAAACAAUUAUGGUUUAUCGAAAGAUUUUUCAAUUAAAGAAACAUUUGCUGAUUACACAGGCUAUUUUACAUAAUUAAGCAGUUUAUUAGCAAUCUAAUUCCUAUUUCCAUACAAUAAUAAAUGUAAUUACUACUUAGAAUAUUUGCAGUACAUUAUUAAUAUUUAUGUAUAAAGGUUACUCUUUUGUUUUUCAAAAUUGAAAAUAUUAAAAGAAACAAGAGAGCUACAAUAAUUCAUAAAUAUAUCGUUGAUAUUUAGAGCUAAUUACAAAACGAAAUUGUGA